AUGGUUGUGCUUUAUGAUGACAUCAUUUUUCUCAUAUUUGACCAUAUCUUCGACAUAAAAGAUCGUCUUCAGCUUCUGCGGGUAUGCCGCCAUUGGUACGGUUUACUGCUCCCCAAAGUCUACGAGAGCAUUCGGGUUGAAGGCAAUCAAGCCUAUGGUCUUGUUUGUUCUAUUCAAAAAAACCCGGAAAUUGGCCGCUCUAUCCGAGAUCUUACUCUCAGGUGGUGCUACGGUCAUGAGGCAAAUCAUAAAUACAGUGUGGAAAUGUUCAAGGAUACCCUGCAACAAGCAAGCCCUUCCAUAGAACACUGCACGAAUUGGGAAAAGGACCUGCUUAACGGAGAGCCGGAUGCGUGGCUCGCAUUGCUCACGCCGUCACUAGAAGCUGUCAGGUCUCUAGAGCUUGAGUAUAAGGGCUGGUCGGACUAUUUCUUCCCUAUGCUAGCGCGAGCAGCCGCUCGCCAAAAGCCAUUCGAUUCGAAACCUUGCUUCCAACACCUAGAAUGGGUGAGAGCUCGAAACGAACACAACAAAACUACCUACUAUGCCAGCGAAUUCUUGCCGCUAUUCCAUUUUCCCGCCAUGCAAGUGUUCUCCGCCUCUUCGCUGUGUGAAGAACCGUACCCGAAUCCUUUGAACAUUUCAAAGCCCGCGCUAGGAACCUCAGGGAUCACGGAACUUGAUUUUGGUGAUUGCAAUAGUAGGAACGGCAUGGCCGACUACAUCACAUCUUGCGCAAACUUGGAGGUUUUCAAUUAUCAACACCAGAACCAAGCGGUCUGGGGUGAGGCGUAUUGUAAUUUUCAUCCUCUGGCGUUUUAUCCAGCGCUCUAUACCCAGAGACACAGUCUUCGGGUGCUUCGGCUGAACAAUAAUGGAGAGAUCUACGGACUAGAUCGUUUCGUCGAUGACCAGGACACAGAAUACAGUGGCUUUGGAUCCUUAGCUGAAUUCUCUCAGCUGCGUGAACUUCGGAUGCUAUUACGCACACUCCUACAAUUUGGUUCGAAUGAUCAACCCGCAGUAUCUCUGUUAGACGUUCUCCCGUCCAGCCUAGAGCAUCUCCAGCUUGCCGGAUAUUGCGUGGAGGACUUCGACGUGGUACUAGGAAAUCUUCAGGGCAUGCUAGCGCAGCGAACGGAGCGAUUCCCAAAUCUCAGACGACUCGAAAUUCAGCCAGUCAUCUUGGAGAGGCUCGCCUCCGCCUCAUUCAUUGGCAAGGAUUGGAGCCCCUACGACAUUCCAAAGUCCGUCAAACAGGCAUUUGCACCAAUCAAGCUGGCCUGUGACGAAUUGGGAAUCGCAUUUGGCUUUACCAAAGACGGUUACAAUGAGAUAUAUGACAUUGGCAUAGCGUUACCUUAG